AUGGAGACUGCUUCAGAGGAGUCAACAAGCUGGUCAAACGCGUACAAAGGCAUAUCCUCUGACAACAUAAAGGGCUUGGUGUUGGCCGUUUCUUCGAGUUUCUUCAUUGGUGCUAGCUUUAUCGUCAAGAAGAAGGGUUUGAAAAAGGCUGGUGCUUCUGGGGUCAGGGCAG